AUGGUUCUAUAAAUUUAUCUUGGUGUUAGGUAUAGGUAUAAGUUGGUGGGUCUUUCGUGAGUCAAUUGAGAACUUCAUUGUUUUCCGUGAUCGGCCGGGUAUAAUAGCGUAUUGAUGGCUUACGAUGCGGACUUUCGUGACAUCCCCUCACUAUACCCCUAGUGUGGAUUUUUAGCUUAAGUAUCGUGGAAGCUUUGCUAUAUUGACGCCGUUUUCCAUUCUUUUCUUUUAAUAUAUUACAGUUCAUCCUAUAUUCUAUCAUCAUAAUGGCCGAUAGCAAAUCGAAAACAGACUACACCCUUCACGUGUACUUUACCCGAUACUCGAGUUGGGGAUCGCGAGUCGAACUUAUUCUUUCAUACUUCCACAUACCCUGCGAUAUCAAACUUUAUGGCAUGAAUAAUCCGGCCGCCGCACCGCCAGCACGUUUCGCGAAAGGUCUGCUCCCUGCCUUACAAGUAGGUGCGGAAGACGAAGAUUUCGUGAUCACCGACUCUCUUGCCAUAAGUGAAUUUUUGGCAGAGCAGCACCCAGAGCUUCACUUAUGGCCAAAGGACCUUAAGUUAAGGGCGUUAGCAAGAACAGCAGUAGCGCAGAUGCAUUCCGGUUUCAAUGAGAUCCGUAAUACAUACGCGACCAACUUCCUCGGCAAAUACGCUGGCGAUAUCCCCAUCAGCGAGUCUGUUGCAAAGGAGAUUAAGGGAAUGGUUGAACUUUGGAGCAAGGCGCGAGCAGAUACUAAGAAAAGGCUGCAAGAGCUAGGCGAAGAGGAUCAAGGAUUUUUAUACGGCGGCUUCAGUAUUGCCGAUGCCUUCUUCUGGCCUGUUCUAUGGCGUUUUCGCAGCUACCAACUACCCCUGACUGGGAUUAGUGAAGACGGUUUGAAGUGGAUGGCGAAGAUGUGGAAUGACCCGACUAUAAAAUUCCAAAUCCAGGAGUACUUCCGACAAGCGAAAAACCCGUCAAGCAAGAUCGAAAAGUACGAUGAUAUUUUUAAAAGCAAUCCCGAUAUUGAGUAUGGCCAAUUCACUGAUGACUGGAUCUUUGAGUCAUAAUUCUGGAAUAUAGAAAUCGCUAUGCCCGGGACCCAGACCCAGUAUUUUGACCGUCACGCCGCCGAAUACUUUCUUCAGAAGUCUUCCUCUAAACCCGCGACCCGAAAAAUAGGUACCGGGGGCGGGGUGGCUCCUUCACUCCGAGUGAAGAUUGAAGAGCUACAACCAGAUAUUACGAUGGUGGAACGAUAAGCUAUGAGAUCCUAUUAUUACCUGAGAUAGGAAAACUAGACCUAGACAGCCGUAGCUAUACCUAAUAUCAAUCUAUUAAUAGAGAUGUA